UAUAUAUAGUGCUUAGGCUACUUGAAACUACUUGACUUAUGUGUUUACCCAUCCAGCUUCCUCCAAACCAAAACCGAAAUGCCUGCUUACAUUUCUUCUUCAGCUACAUCCAACCAUUUUCAUUCAAGAAGACUGUUACUUCAGCCCACUCUUCAUCAUCCUCGAGCACAAGCAAAUUACGAUUCAGUCCCUGUUAACGAUCAAGAGCCUUCGGGCAAAGGAAACAUUGACACUAAUGUUGUCAUGAUCCUUUCGGUCCUCUUAUGUGCCUUAGUAUGCUCCUUGGGCAUCAAUUCAAUCGUAAAAUGCGUUCUUAGGUGUUCAAGUUUGAUAUCUUCUAGUUCAGGACACGGAGUUGGCAGCUCAUCCCAUUUUGCCAACACGGGUGUCAAGAAAAAAGCGCUCAAGACAUUCCCCAUUAUGAGUUACUCCGUUGGAUUAAAGACACCAAGCAUGGACGAUGAUUGCGCCAUUUGCCUAUCGGAGUUCACACCGGGAGAGCGAGUCAGAGUCAUGCCCAAGUGUAACCACGGCUUCCAUGUUAGGUGCAUAGACAAAUGGCUCAAUUCUCAUUCUUCAUGUCCUACUUGUCGGCACUCUCUGAUUGAUACGUGCAAAAAAAUUGAUCAACACAUAUUAGCACCAAUCACUCAAUCAUUCUCCCCGAUUGAAGAACGAACCGAGAGAAUAGCUCCUCUUGAACCGGAAGGCAUGGUAAGAAAUUAUAGAGCAUAG